AUGACGACCCAAGUUCAAGCACUAUAUGACUUCACUGGAGAACCGGGGACCACUGAAAUGUCAAUAACCUCUGGAGAAAUAUUAACACUUUUGAAUACAGAUAUUGGUGAAGGAUGGUGGGAAGGAAGGAAUGCAAAAGGUCAAACAGGCUUGUUUCCAGCAGCAUAUGUAAGAAAACUCACCCCGGAAGAACUAGCACCGACUAAAAUGGCACCACCUGCUCCUAGAUAUGAUCAGGCCGCAGAUGAUUGGAGUGAUCAACAAUAUAAUGCAGGUGACAAUAAUUAUCAUAAAACAGCUUCACAUGAAGAUGGCUGGGAUGACGAUUGGGAUGAUGACACUUAUUCAGAAAUAGGUCCGGGUGUCCCUCAACAUAAGCCUCCAAUGAGUCAACAGGAACCACUUACACCGCUACCAGGAAUGCCUAUUGGCGAUUACGGUCACCAUAUGGAUGAUACUUCAUCUAACUUUAGCUCCACUGUAGGAACAGUAAGAAAAAACAAAUUUGCACCUUCAUCAAAAGUUAGUGGUGAAAGUUACCUAUUGGCAACAUUAAAUGUUGAAGUUCCAGACUCGGACAAAGUUUACAUAGUACAAGAAGGCGAUAGUUACAUAUGGGCACCUAUAACACAGCCAUACCAUGUCACAGUUGCAUCUCCUAAAAAGGAGUCCAAGUUUAAGGGUAUAAAAAGCUUUAUUGCAUAUCAGUUAACACCCUCCUUCAAUAAUAUACAAGUUUCUAGAAGAUAUAAACAUUUUGAUUGGUUACAUGAGAGAUUACAUGAAAAAUUUACACUUAUUCCCAUCCCACCACUACCUGAUAAACAAAUAUCAGGCCGUUAUGAUGAGCAACUUAUUGAACGUAGAAGAGUACAGCUUCAAGAAUUUGUAGACUGGAUGUGCAAACAUCCAGUGCUAUCGAAAUGCGAAGUGUGGCAACACUUUCUUACUUGUACUGAUGAAAAACGUUGGAAAGCUGGUAAGAGACAGGCGGAGAAAGAUAACUUAUUAGGUCUUAACUAUUGUAUAUCAUUAGUUGUACCUGAAAAAGCUUUACUGCAAUCCCAAGUGGAUCACAUCACUGACCAAUGUCAUACUUUCCUGAACAGUAUGGACACAGCAGUAAAAUCUGUUACAAACAUGUGCUUAGCACAAACAAAAAGAUUCCAGGGUCCUUACAAAAGUGAUUCCCAAAAAAUUGGUGAAGCAAUCUACAGUUUAGGGAAUGCACUCUCAUUAGACGAAGGCACAAUUAUAUCUACUUCCAAACUCACUUCUGCUAUAAAAUUAACUGGUGGUGCUUAUAUAGAAAUUGGCAGAAUGUAUGAAGAGCAACCAAAACAUGAUUGGGAGCCGCUCGGUGACAAAUUUCAUUUAUACAAAGGAAUUGUUGGUUCUUUUCCCAAUAAUCUAGCAAAUCAUAAGGGAGCUGUACAGAAAAAAAGGGAGUGCGAAAGAUUAACAGCUGAAAACAAAAUGGAAGUAGCUCAGUUGAAUGAAGUGUUAAGAAGAACUGAUGUCAUAUCAUAUGCAAUUCUUGCCGAAAUCAAUCAUUUCAAAGCUGAGAGAACAGAAGAUUUAAAGGCAACUAUGCAAAACUUUUUGAGGCAGCAAAUUACUUUUUAUAAGAAAAUAGUUGAUAAAUUGGAGACUACACUACAGCAGUAUGACGAG